AUGAUGCACGGCCCUUGCGGAGUUGCCCGCCCAAAGUCACCCUGUAUGGAGAACGGGAAGUGCACAAAGAGCUACCCAAAACCACUGACAGAGUAUACAAUGAUCGAUAAGUCCGGGUUUGUAGUGUACAGGAGAAGAGAUAAUACAUCUGGACUAAUGGUGGAAAGUGAUGAACAGGUGGGUAAUGAAUAUGUUGUACCCCACAAUCUACAGCUUCUGAGGAAAUACAAAGCUCAUAUAAAUGUCGAGUGGUGCUGCAAAACAAGCGCAAUCAAAUAUCUCUUUAAGUAUAUCACCAAAGGUGUAGAUAGAGCAACCAUCCAGGUUGGGAAAGCGGGGAAAAAGAGAAAAGCAGAUGGGAAAAAGGAAAUUCAGCCUGAGCUAGUGAACGAGGUGGACAACUUCAUGGAAUGUCGUUAUCUUUCAGCCUGUGAGUCAGCCUGGAGACUCUUUUCAUUCCACAUCCAUCAUAAUCAGCCGUCUGUCAUGAAGCUAAAUAUACACCUCCCUGGAAAACAACGACUCAUGUAUGAGGAAACAGCCAAUUUAGCUAACGUUUUACGAAGACCAAAUAUAGAAAGGACUAUGUUCACAGCAUGGUUUGUGGCAAAUGAUACUUACGAAGAGGCCAGAGAGCUAACCUUUGUCGAAUUUCCGAGUAGGUUUACAUACCACAGUGAUGAAGUCAUCUGGACGCCAAGACAAAAGGGGACUGCAAUAGGAAGGAUAACUUAUAUUCCCCCAUCUGCUGGAGAUGUCUAUUACUUGAGGAUUUUGGUAAAUGUCAUACGAGGUCCAAGAUGUUAUGAGGACCUCUAUACCGUUGGUGAUGUUAUGUACGAAGAGAUCCGGGACGUAUGUUACGCUAGAGGGGUACUAGACGAUGAUAAGGAGUGGCAUGAAGCUGUAGAUGAGGCAUCAUAUUGGGCAACUGGAAGACAAAUACGACGAUUGUUCAUGCUUCUCUUGAUCUACUGCGAGGUUGGUAACCCGCUGAAGUUGUGGAACCAUGUCUGGAGACAUUUGGCUGAGGACAUUCUCUACAACAAAAAAAAAGAGUUCAACUUCAAGGAAUUGGUACUUCAGGACGACCAGCUCCAACAAUAUACAUUGAUGGAACUUGAAAAGCUGCUAAAAGAGAGUGAUAAAUCUCUAACAGAUUUCAAAGGAAUGCCUUUGCCAGAAAAAACAGUCCUCGCUGACAUAGCUAACACUGUACUUCGAGAGGAGAUGACUUACGACUUGGAGCAGCAACGAUCUGAGCACGACAACCUAUAUGUUGGCAUGAAUUCAGAGCAGAGAACGAUAUAUGAUGCGGUCUUGGAGUCUGUUGAGAAGAAGACCAGAAAGCUAUUCUUUGUUUACGGUCCUGGUGGGACGGGUAAAACCUACUUAUAUAGGACUCUGAUAUCCAAGCUCCGGUCUGAGAAGAAGAUCGUUAUACCAGUCGCAUUGUCAGGCAUUGCAGCACUCCUUCUUCCAGGAGGAAGGACUGCCCACUCAAGGUUCAAGCUGCCAUUAAAUCUCAAUGAAGUAACAGUGUGUGAGAUCAGCCCUGGAACGAUGCUUGCUGACUUAAUAGCGAAAGCUGAUCUAAUCAUUUGGGAUGAGGCUCCGAUGGCUCACCGGCACACAUUUGAAACAGUUGACCGCACCCUCAGGGAUCUAUUGUCAGUGGAUGAUGUUGCACUAGCAGAUAAACCAUUCGGCGGAAGACAGUUUUACUCGGUGGGGAUUUUAGGCAAAUACUUCCUGUCAUUGCGCAAGGCAGCAGAGAAGACACGGUCUUAG